AGGAGAAGAUGCUGGUUUUCAAAGCAUCUCAAUGAGGCAAUUAAGGGAGAAGAAGUUCAAGAUCGCGUCUGAGAAACUUUGAAAGGAAUAACGAGCCACCGAACCAAUCACAGUGACGUUGUCUCAAGGGCUGCAUCUUAAUUCAGAUCCAUUGAAAGCAGCCGAAAUGGGAUAGCUUUUUCCUGGUGGAUAGCGCUAAUGCAAGAGAAAGAUUUCAAAAGACACGCUGAAGUCCUGCUUUCUUCUCGACAGACAGAUGAAACUGACUGGGCAUCAUUUUGACUGGAGAGGUCCAGCAGAGCAGCAGCCUGUUAAUGAACACAACAGAUUGUCCCAAAAGGAGAUAAAAGCAUGAAAGCCUUCAACAACAUCAAGGAACAACCAUGACAAAUGCCUGUAAGCCAUCAUUUUCAAAAAGAAACAAAUCAAUAUAACACACCUCUAUUUAUUAAUGUAGACUAAACAGGCUCUGUGGAGAAUUCGCAAAGAUCAGACUCCAGAGAUCAGAAGAACUGUUGCUAUAAAAGUGGGUGCUAUAAAGGAAGUAUCAAUACUGGAUUUCUUCCAACAAAUUACACCCUGAAAACCAUCAAUAUGAACCUGACCGCCCAUCUUCUGGACCUCAUGCUGAAGGCUUCCAACCUCUCUCGCUGGCAGUUCAUCCAGGAAUACUCCAUUCCUCCGUUGGUUGCUGUGCCCAGACUCCCUAGGGCCCUGCUUCCGGUUUUUGGCCUGCUCUACAUGCUCAUCUUUGGGUUUGCGGUGGUGGGUAACGGGGCGGUGCUGGUUCUCUUAUGUCGCAGGAAGGCUCUGCAAUCUCCCAGCACCUUUUUUAUUUGCUCUCUGGCACUCAGUGACCUUCUGAUAUCCAUAGUGUGUGUUCCUGCCACACUGUUGCAGCACUUCUUCACCAACUGGUUGGCAGGAGAUUUUCUCUGCAAGCUAAUACCAUUCCUACAAGUGACAGCUAUAGCGACCAGCAUGCUCACCAUGACGUGUAUUGCUGUAGAGCGUUUCCAGGGAAUCCUUUAUCCUCUUCAUGUCUGCAACAACUAUUUUCUCUGUCAUGCCUUCAAGAUGCUGGUGGCCGUGUGGUUGGUUGCCCUGGCAAUUGCAGCUCCCUUGUGGUUUGUCCAGAAAGUGGAGGUGAAAUAUGACUUCCUGUUUGAUGUCCACUACACGUGUUGUUUGGAAGUCUGGCCAAGCCAGCAGCAGAGGAGAGCCUACACUACCUGCCUGUCCGUGCUAGUGUUCCUGGUACCCUUGGCUACCAUGGCCAUCCUGUACUGGAAGAUCAUGCGAGAGCUUUGGGGCAAACACAAAGUGCAUGAUGUUAUGUUUCAAACACUCCCGGGAUCUGAAAUCAACAAGAUUUCAAGGAGGAAGAAGCGUGCAAUAAGAAUGAUGGCCACCGUGGUGCUGCUCUUUGCUUCCUGCUGGGCACCUUUCCAUCUGGUCUCCCUCCUGCUUGACUAUGGUCAGCUGGAACUUGAUCUUGACUCUGAGUUUCUCCUGGUCAGUGUGGUUCAGAUCCUGGGAUUCAGCAACUCGGUGUGUAACCCAUUGGUUUAUGCCGCCCUCAACACCACCUUCAAGAGGGACCUACUAGCUCUGCUCACCCGAGGAUGGAGCUUCGGCGGAAGAGUUUGCAGCUGUAGCGUGUGUUCCUGUUGGUCCUGGACGAGUCACAAACGAGUGGGCAUAUCAACAGUGGAGUCAGUCGAACCCAGGCGGGUCCUGGAGACAACAUCUAGACAAAGAGAGAUCAGGUCAUGGAGUAAACCUGCAUGGGAAGCUGAACCAGAGAGGCCUGUGUCUAACAUGUUUCCCCCCAUGAAUCUUCUUAGUGCCAUCAGAUCCAAAAAGACCUCCAGUAGUAUGAUACUUAGCGUCAUUGACCCUCCACACACAGAGAGCACGUCUAGUUCUGACCAGCCUCUCACAGUGAUACUGGGAAAGUGAACUUUUGAGAGUUUUAAACCAUCUCAAAUUCACAACUUUAGUAUUUUUGCUCUCGGAAUGUCUCCCACAGCUAAUGAUGUGGAUUCAACAACCCGCAGGUCCCAGUUUUCAGACAUUUGAGAGAUGUUUUUGCGUUUGGAGCUCUGUUAAUACUACACGACAAAGAUUGGAGUGAGUCACCAAUGAAUCAAAUUGAGAUGUUUUUGAAGUGCUUCCAGUUUUUGAGCUUCUGAAGAACAGCUACAGUACAUCAUUAGUUUCGGUUCAUUCUGAGAAGAUCAUUUAUUUGUGCACCUUUCCUAAACUAUGGUUAUUGUUUUCUUGCUGGAGUGGAUUAUUUGUAGAACAAUGUCUUUUAAUGUCAGUUUGUGGAGAGAAACACAUAAGAUUAUUUGAUGAUUUUCUGGUAUCUAGGAGUGUGUGCGGCCUCUUGCCUUGGGUAAUGUGGUUUCUGUCUCCAUGGAUGGCCCAAAGUCUACUGGAGGUUAUUAGAGACAGAUUGUGUGUGUUAUUUUUAAACAUAUUUUGUAUUUUGUCUGAAGUCAUUCUACAAAACAAUGUUCCAAUUUUUGCUUUUUUUACAUCUCUGCUUAGCUCUUCCCUGCUAUUUCAGGUGUCACCCUGAAUCCUGCCUGUGCUCAGCAUUCUUAGCUAAGAGAGUGUCUGUGUGUCUUUGCAGCUGUGAAUAUUUGCUAGGGAUAAAGUAGAGCCCUUA